AUGGGUCGAAUCGGUCUAGUGGUUUCUGAUCUUGUAUUGUCAUUCAUGUGGGUAUGGGCAGGAGUUAUGGUCAACAUUUUAGUCCAUGGAGUUCUCGGAUUCAGCCGUACCGAUCCGACCGGUGAGAUCGUCCGGUAUCUUUUCUCAGUCAUCUCCAUGUUCGUUUUCGCUUUCCUUCAGAAACUCACAAAAGGUGGACUUUUCAAUCCUUUGACCGCUUUGGCUUCUGGUGUCUCCGGUGGCUUCGGCAAUUUCAUCUUCGUCGUCUUCGUUCGAAUCCCCGUCGAGGUAAUUGGAUCAGUACUUGCGGUUAAGCAUGUGAUUCAAGUUUUCCCUGAGAUUGGAAAAGGACCUCGACUAAACGUAGCGAUUCAUCACGGUGCUUUCACCGAAGGGAUACUAACGUUUUUCAUAGUGAUACUCUCAAUGGGACUAACAAGGAAGAUCCCUGGAAGUUUCUUCAUGAAGACUUGGAUUGCUAGUGUUGCUAAGAUAACUCUUCAUGUUCUUGGCUCUGAUUUAACCGGCGGAUGCAUGAAUCCAGCAGCUGUUAUGGGAUGGGCUUAUGCACGCGGUGAACAUAUAACGAAAGAGCAUUUACUUGUGUAUUGGCUUGGACCUGUGAAAGGUACGUUGCUCGCUGUUUGGUUCUUCAAUGUUGUGUUUAAGCCUCUGACCGAAGAACAAGAGAAACCUAAGGCUAAAUCUGAAUGA